AUGUAUGCUGCCGGAGAAUUGGCGCUUGAGGGAUCGGAGAAACUUUAUGGAAUGGUUCAAUGCACAAGGGAUCUCUCUAGGGUUGAUUGCAAGAAGUGUCUUGAUGGUGCUAUUGGUGAACUUCGAAGUCGUGCUGCUGGAAAAGAAAGUGGCUUAAGCUCUUACGCUCCUCUGGGGGUGAAGGAUCUUUUAAGGCUUAAGCUCUUACGCUCUUCUGGGGGUUAA